GAAGUCUGCCUGUUGUGCCGACACGCAGCACUUGUGAAGAAGCACCCGCAAAUAGACAAGAAGACCGCGCGAGCGUGCUGCUUACUUCAUUGCUGCAUAUACUGUACGUAGCAUUGCUGUGUAUACAUACAGGAGCCCUUACAGGAGUCCUCGACAGUUUGAGGAAAGCAAACUGCCUGUUUCGAAACGAGUAUGAGCACGAGGCAGUAGAGGCGCAUAGUCGAAAGCCAUGCGGACCGUCGUUGCUUGGCAGGAGACACCUCCCGAAAAGGACGGCGUACGCAACGUCUGCUACGACCUCUGCUUUAAGCCAGAUGGCUCGCAAGUUGUUGCGGGCAUUGGGAACCGUGUGCUGGUCUACGAUGCUGCGGAUGGCGACCUUCUGCACGCGUUGAAGGGCCACAAGGACUCGAUUUACUGCGUCGCGUAUGCCCAGAACGGAAAGCGCUUUGCAUCGGGAGGCGCGGAUAAGACGGUCAUCAUCUGGACAAGCAAGGCGGAGGGCAUUCUGAAAUAUACGCACAACGAUGCGAUUCAGUGCCUGUCUUACAACCCAGUCACCCAGCAGCUGGCCAGUGCCACCGGCUCGGAUGUGGGCCUGUGGUCACCGGAGCAGAAGUCUGUGGCGAAGCACAAGGUGGCCUCGCGCAUCUGCUCCAUCUCGUGGACUGCGGACGGCGCCUACCUGGCGCUGGGCUGCUUUGACGGUGUGAUCAGCAUUCGCGACAAGGGCGGCAGCGAGAAGCACCGCAUUGAGACGGGGCCGUCGCCGGUGUGGAGCAUCUGCUGGAACCCCGUGGAGACCAACGUGCUGUGCGCGGGUUGCUUUGACGGCGUGCUCAAGUUCUACAUGAUGAGCGGUCAGCAGAAGAGCAAGGACCGCGAGCUGGCGUUCGACCCGCUGUGCGUUUCCUACUUCAGCAGCGGCGAGUACAUCACCGUCAGUGGCACGGACAAGACGGUGCACCUGUACACGCGCGACGGCACGUACCUGACCAAGAUUGCGGACCGCGACAGCUGGGUGUGGGCGGUGCGGCCGCGGCCCAAGCACAACUUCGUGGCGGUGGGCACGGAGGGCGGCGGCAUCGCCAUGUUCCAGCUUAUCUUCUCCACAGUGCACGGCCUAUACCAGGACCGGUACGCCUACCGCGACCAGAUGACGGACGUCAUCAUCCAGCACCUCAUCACCGAGCAGAAGGUCCGCAUCAAGUGCAAGGACUACGUGAAGAAGAUCGCGGUGUACAAGGACAAGCUGGCGGUACAGCUGCAGAACAAGGUGGUUAUCUACGAGCUGGCCAACGCCGACGACUUCGACAUGCACUACCAGUCCGCCACCAAGAUCCAGCAGAAGCUGGACUGCAACCUGCUGGUGGUCACCAGCCACCACGUCAUCCUGUGUCAGGAGAAGAAGCUGCAGCUGUACAACUUCGACGGCGUCAAGGAGCGCGAGUGGGUGCUGGACAGCGUCAUCCGCUACAUCAAGGUGGUGGGCGGGCCACCCCGCCGCGAGGGCCUGCUGGUGGGCCUCAAGAGCGGCGCCAUCCUCAAAAUCUUUGUGGACAACCCCUUCCCCAUCCCGCUCAUCAAGCACACCGCCUCGGUGCGCUGCCUGGACCUGUCGGCCAGCCGCAACAAGCUGGCGGUGGUGGACGAGAACGCCAAGGUGCUGGUGUACAAUCUGAUCACCAAGGAGCUGGUGUUCGAGGAGAGCAAUGCCAACAGCGUGGCCUGGAACAGCGAGUUCGAGGACAUGUUCUGCUACAGCGGCAACGGCAUGCUGUCCAUCAAGACCGGCGACUUCCCGCUGCACCAGCAGAAGCUGCAGGGCUUCGUGGUGGGCUUCAAGGGCAGCAAGAUCUUCUGCCUGCACUACGUGUCCAUGCAGACCAUCGACGUGCCGCAGUCCGCCUCCAUGUACCGCUACCUGGAGCGCAAGGACUUCGAGUCCGCCUACCGCGUGGCGUGCCUGGGCGUCACCGAGGCCGACUGGAAGCAGCUGGCGCUGGAGGCGCUGCAGGCGCUGAACCUGGAGGUGGCGCGCAAGGCCUUCAUCCGCAUCCGCGACGUGCGCUUCGUGGAGCUGGUCAACCGCACCGAGGCGGGCCGCAAGGCCGGCACCAGCGAGCAGCUGCUGCUGGCGGAGAUCAUGGCCUUCCAGGGCCGCUACCAGGAGGCGGCGCGCCUGUUCACGCAGGCGGGCGCCGUGGACCGAGCCAUGGAGAUGUUCUCUGACCUGCGCCAGUUCGAUGAGGCCAAGAAGUGGGCGGAGGAGUUCGCGGCCAGUGGGCGCGGCGACCAGCGCAGCGUGCAGGAGCUCAUCAACCGCCAGGCGGAGUGGAGCGAGGAGGUCAAAAACUACGACGCCGCAGCGGAGAUGUACAUUAAGGCCAAGAAGUACGACCGCGCCAUUGCCAUCCUGGCCAAGCACCAGUGGUGGGACAAGCUCAUUGGUGUGGUGCGACAGCUGGACAAGACGGACGCGCGCUGCCUGGGCAUGUGCGCCGGCCACUUCCGCCGCGCGCCGCACUUUGCGUACGCCAAGGAGACGCUGCUCAAAAUGGACGACACCAAGGGCCUGAUCACGCUGUACGUGGAGGCUGAGAAGUGGGAUGACGCCUUCCUGCUGCUGCACGCGCACCCCGAGUGCCGGCAGGACGUGUACCUGCCCUACGCCAAGUGGCUCAGCAACCAGGACCGCUUCGAUGAGGCGCGGCUGGCGUACCAGGAGGGCGGCUUUCCCAGCCUGGCCACCCGCAUCCUGGAGCAGUUGUGCGCCAACGCGGUGGUAGAGACGCGGUACGCGGACGCCGCCUUCUACUACUAUCAGCUGGCCAUGGAGGCGCUCAAGAGCAUCAAGAACCCGCCCUCCAACAUGGCGCCCUCGGACCGCUCCGCGCUGGAGCGCUUCACGGAGCUGUACGACCGCGCCGAGGUGUACUACGCCUACGAAGUGGUGCACAAGUCCGUGCACUCGCCCUUCCGCACCACGCACCCCGACACGCUCUUCAACGCCUCGCGCUUCCUGCUCAUGCGCCUGCUGCCGCCGCGCGAGGUGCCGCUGGGCGUCAGCGUGGUCAACGUGGUGUACGUGCUGGCCAAGCAGGCUGUCGAGGCGGGCGCCUUCAAGCUGGCGCGCUUCGCGUACAACAAGCUGCAGACGCUGGUGCUGCCGGCGGCCUGGCAGGCGGAGGUGGACCUGGCAUCCGUGGUCAUCCGCUCCAAGCCUUUCUCAGACAAGGAGGACCUGCUACCGGUGUGCUGGCGCUGCUCCACCACCAACCCGCUGCUCAACACGCAGGGCGACUACUGCAUCAACUGCGGCGCGCCCUUCAUCCGCUCCUUCGUCACCUUCGAGCACCUGCCCGUGGUGGAGUUUGAGCUGGAGCCGGGCGUGGACGACGAGGAGGCGGGCCGCCUGCUGGGCGAGGACGCGGGCAUGGAGGCGGCGCGGCGCGAGCGCAAGGCGGAGCGGCAGGCCAAGGCGGCGGAGGUGGGCGGCAACAUGCUGCGGCUGGACCAGAACGAGAUCGACCGCAUGGACGACGCCUUCGCGGCCCAGAUGAUGGUGCCCAACACCACCAUCCGCGUGGACCGGGCCAUGCUGCGGCGGCUCAAGACGGCCGAGGUCAUGGUGCGCACCUGGCCCAACCCCGUCAUCCCCAAGCAGUACUUCCGCGUCAUGGACCAGGAGGUGCCGCUGUGCUGCGGACCCUGCGGACACUUCUUCGAGCAGGAUGAGUUCGAGAUGGCGGCGCUGGAGCGUGGCACGGCGCCCUUCAGCCGCACCACCGUGCGCGGCGAGGGCCUGGCGCCGGGCGAGGACGCCGAGGAUGAGGGUGCCGGCGGCAACAAGCUGGGCGGGCCGUUGGGCAGCGCGCGUGGGCCCAUUGGGGGCGCCAGCAAGGCGCGCAUGUCCGUGCCCUUCCAGCAGGGCCGGCCGCUGGUGUGAGCGGGGUCGCCUAUCGGGCGCUUACCGGGUGCGUGGGUGGAUUCCGGAUGUAGGCGGGGAAUAGGAGCUGCCGGUAGUGGCGUUGCAGCAGGCCUUCGUUACGCAGCAGAGGGGGCACGAGGAGGACGUGAACGGGUGUCUUCAUGCUGCUUGUGGUCUGACUUGGUAGGACGGGCGUUGGUGCCAUCAUUAGGCUGCCCCUGCCGGUCCACCAUAGGAGCUGCGAUGGGCCUGAAGCAAGGCCCAUGCACGGUGGCCGGGCACAUGAUGCAUGACGGGACAGAGCACGGGACUUGCUGGAACCAGUGUACAUAUGCCCGCGCAGAGACUGCGUGUCUCGAAGCGGGCACAAAUUGGGACAUGUCGGCGUACAGACAAACGAUGAUGAUGACAGGAUGACAGUUGUUGUGCGGCAGGGGGGCUCCCAAGCCCAGUUGAGGCCCAGGCAGGUUUGGUUGAAUGGGGAUGCACAGUGGCAGUGCUAAUGCGCUGGCGCUAUGAGCGUCCAUGGUGUUGGCGGCCUCAAGUACAAGACACCUUAUAGUAGUUCAAUCUGCCCCGCAAGGUCUUCCCGUGCUGCUGAACCUGGCUAGCACGGUUUCCGGAGUCCGGGCCACUGAGGUCCGUAUCCUUCGCUGGGUCAGGGGAGGCGCUAGUGCAGCCAAGGUGCUACUGUGGUAACUGUGCUCUCCGCAGUGUCCGCACACUGCUGCACAGAGUGGCAGAGGCACAGCGCCACAGCCGCGCAAUUGCGUCAAGCCGUUUUAGUUCUCGGCCGUCUUUGAGGGGAUAAGGAGGAGCGUUGGCUAUGCAGCACAGCACAAAGGCAACCGGGGAGCAAACAAUUACUAACAACUGCUGCUGUUGUUACUUCAGGCUGUGGGUUGAAUUGUGGAUGCCGCGGCGCCGCCGACAUGCCGGGCUCACGGACCGGCCACAUGCUGGAACCCGUUUGCCGAGGCGUCAGAGCUGUGCAAGAGGCGGCCAGGCGAACAACUAGAGGCUGGCCGUAAAGCUGGGCCGCUGGUAGUUGACGGGGCACAGUGCCUGUUUCCGUGCCUGUUUCCAGCUUGCGUUUCCUGUUAUGAACCCGUAUGUACCGGGGAUGCCCCUCCCAGCGUGUGCGGGUCCCAUUGUCAUGUAGUGCUGUAUACCGCCAAUUGGGGCGAGGGAGGUUGCGCAAAAGCAGACAGGUAAGGGCUGGUGGCAAGGCGGGGGCUUGGCGCAAGGCUUGGCGUGGCCGAGGUGGCACUUCGGUCGCUUUUGAG